ACAUAACUUUCCAUGAUUCACCUACCAUCUCCAUUCUUUCGUUCCUCUUCCUCUCUUCUUCUCCCUCUCUUUAGGGAUUAGAACCGAGACUUUCUAAAAUUCGCUUUGAAGCCCGACUUAAAUCCGAUCGAGUCCAAUCGAGAACCCGAUAGAGGUUUAAGCUUCAAAAAGUCCAAGCACGUUAGUCAGCCAGAUUCCAGGGUUUCUGUUUGCCGCUCUUUUCCUCACUCACAAUUGCUGCAGCCACGUCACGUAUGCGCCAUGUUCCAAUCUCAGCCGUCCACGUGUUUCCCCCUCGCAUCUGGUGGUUCCCGCCACCACAUGACGCCACCUUAGCAUCCGCCCCUCCCCUCGCCUUUUUUUUUUAAAUCCCCGAGACCCAGCGAGCUUGCUCUUUCUUCAAAACACUUUUUUUUCUUCUAUGGGGAUUUCUAUGAGAGGAAAACUGAACUGCACGGAGAAGGGAGAGAACUAAACCACUGAUUCUUCCUCCCCAAUUCUGCGGAAUCGGAAUGGUUACGUCCAAACCCAAUCGAAGAACAACAGCAUCAAAACGGCGCGUCGUUUGAAUCAAAUGGAGACGACCCAGCACCCGUUAGAUCCGGUCGCCGGAGCCGCUGCUGAAGAAUCACCACCCGUGGCAUCCGUCCCCCGAAGCAGGACGACGCCGUCGCACGGCGUGGCAUCGGUGGUCGGACGGGCUAGGACGAUGAUCGACGCCGUGAAGGCGGUGCCGCUGCUCGAAAUCGGCGGGUUCGAGAAUCAAUUCGAUUUCUUCGCCGUCUACGGCGGCGGUGGCGCCGCCGCGUGCCAAGCCGGGAUGCAUCUCACAGUGGCGACGGAGGCGGAGAGCAUGAGAGGUAGCAGCAGCGCAGCAGGGGAAUUCUGCAGGGGAUGGGAAUACUGGAACAGAGUGAUGAGUAGCAGCUUUCAGGAGAUGGAGGACGAGAUUCGCCGGGCGGCGGAGGAAUCCGAUGGGAGAGGGGGGAAAUCCGGACGAUGGACGGCGGUUGUGGUGAUGGUGGGGAAGGAAGAGAUAGUGGUGGCUGAUAGUAAUAGCAUCGCCGGAGAUUUUAGAGCUGUUCUUUAUCGCGGUGGAGUUGCCCUGCCUCUAACGCGCGAUGAUGAAAACAGAGUAAAGUCCGGUGAUCUCUCAAAUUGCAAAAGGAGGAGAAGAAAUCGGCGAAUUGGGUUCGGUUGCCCGCGUCCACACAUCAAAUUCCGCCCAAUUAUGAAACAUAUUCGGUCCCUCUCCAUUUCGACUUCUUCUAGGCUCAGCCGCCAUUUGGACAGACCUAAUGAUCAGCCGGCGGCGGCGGAGCGGAAACAGGGGAAGGACAGUACUUGGAACCUCAACAGUGACAUUGUUGGAAUCAUUGGAGAUCGUGUUCGUCAUUGCCGUGUGAAGCCGGAGGUGACAGUUACAGAGCGGGGCGAAUUGUCGUCGGAGGAAUUCGUGGUGAUCGGAUCGAAGGGGUUGUGGGAUGUGGUCUCGAAUGAGCUGGCCUGUGAUGUCGUCGCGAAAUGCUUCAGCGGGGGGAUGAAGAUGAGAUUUGCCGACGACACGACGGAGAACUGCGCGGCGGCGUUUCUGGCGGAGCUGGCGAUGGCUCGAGGGAGCCGGAACAAUGUCAGUGCCAUAGUUGUGAAGCUGUAGUAGGUGGAAUAAAACAGAGGUACCGGGAUGGCGUUAGUUGUUGGAGUUGUUCUGCGUAGAUUUUUUUUUUUUUUUUUAAGUUUUGGUAUGUGGGAAUUUGAGGGAGAUAAUUGUACAGAGGGAAGUUUUUUCAUCUUAUUGUAGUUUGUUUAGAUGAGUUGGAUCAGUUCAAAUUGGUUUUAAUAUAAUAAAGUCUCUAAUUAUAAAUAAAUUAAUAAUCUCACCAAUCUAUAUAUAUUUUCAAAAGAAUUAUAUAUGACAAAUUUAUCAACCCUCUUUUUCAAACUCAACUUUAAUUGGUUGAACAUGGUUUUGACCAGUGAGAUCAUCCAGUUUUAAUUGGUUUAACCCACUUUUUAACGUGAUUUUUAAUUUUUCGAAAUCGUCCAAUGUAGUUCAAUCAAUUAGACGAUCGAUUCUGAUCGGACCCUGUUGAACCGUCCGAUUGGAUACCGGUUUUAAAACCUUGGUUUAGAUCAUGUGAUCCAUGGAUAAUGAAGAGAAGAGAACGGGGGACGUGGCAUUUGUGUGGACAUAUAUAUGAAAUGUCUCGCAUAAAACAAUUAAAAUUAGAUGGGAUUUAAUAAGCCAUCUAAUAAAAGUGACUUGUAAAUUUGAUAAGCUGAAUAAGGCUCAACUCAAACGCCGUUCAUUAAUAAAUAACCUAAAUGUCA